AUGGGCUCCGUGAAAACUGUGUCUUCCCGCCGGGGCGAAGGUGGGGACCCGCUCGAAAUCCCAGGCGGAGGAAGCCUGGGAACCUGGGGUUCGGCAGGGCACCAGAAGCGCCCCCCUACUCGCGGGGAAUCCUAUCUAGGGGCUCCGGAGCGAAGUGGGGUGAGAAGCGCGGUGCUACGAACUGACUGCUACUUUCACGGAGUGAAGCCGCACAGCCAUUGCCAGAGAGCGCUGGCUUUUUCCUGUGGACAAUUGGACUUAAAACAAGUACCCGUGAGUAGAAACGGAAAAUUGGAUCAAGAAAUUGUUUUAAUUUGGUAA